CAGCGACAGGCACUUGCUCCAGAUGAUCCGCAACGACCUCCGAGAUUCUUCUGCAGACCUUCGCCUCCCACCGGCUAGCGGUCCAUCUUACGACCGCUUCUUGUUGUUGCAGUAGUCUGCGACUGUCGUCGCUUCCGGAGGCAGCGUAUGCCAUCACCCGUGUUGUUCCGAUCGCCGCUGCGGAAGGCUGCGCCGAAUGGGCAACAGCCACAGCACCGCACACGUCCACCGCGCAGCCCACGGCGGCAGAGACGCCGCCACAGACGCUGGUAGCGCAGGCGCCGGCCGAACGAGCGCAGGGGGAGACGGACCGCCGGCCCCAGCGGAACCCGCGGGAUUGCCGGCAGCCGGCAGCGAGCCAGCGGCAAGGCAGCGGGUGAGCGGCGGCGGCGAGGGGCAGCGGCGCGGGCUGUCGUCGCUGACGGCGGGGCUUCUCUCCUCCGCGCGCGAGCACAGAGGCGGCUCUAGGGGGCGCGGCUGGCGCACGCAUGGCGGCACCUUGGCUCUAGGCGCAGCGCAUGCCAACGGCGGAGACGCGCAGGUGCGCGCAUCCCCUGCCACCCGCCAGCCUUCCGCUGGCACUGCGGGCAGGGGAAGCGCGGGGAGACGCGCGGGAAUAGCGGCGGGCGCAGGGGCUGGCGGCACUGGGCGAUCCACCACGGCGGCUGCUGCGGCUGCGGCGGCGGCAGCUGUGGCAGCAGCGACGGCAGCGGAUGGGGAAGCGGAGGGAGGGGCCGCAGGCAGCAACGGCAGCGACGGCGCGGCUGGUGGUGGAGGCCGUGGGGCGAACGGGGAGGGUGGCGGGGGAGGAGAGGGGGGAGGAGGGGUUGGAGAAGGAGAAGGAGGGGAACGGGAGGCGUUGGAAGGGGGGAGCGCAAGGGGGGGGGAAGGGGAUGGGGAGCAGGCAGCCAUUCAAGAACAGCGCACACAGACGGUGCGCAGUCUGGUGAAUCUGCGCAAGCACUCCGUGCACCUGCUGCCCGUGCCGCGCUGGCAGCAGGGAGGGCCAAGGGGCGAGCAGGAAGGAGGGCAGGAUGAGCAGGCAGCUGCGGCGAGAGAGGCAGUGAGCGAGGUGGCUGAAGCAGUGGGGGCAGGAGAGCAUGAAGGGGGCCAACAGCUCCAAGCUCAGCAGCAGCAGCAGCAGCAGCAGGGGCGGGGUGGAAAUGAGGGCGAAGCGUCAGGGGAUUCAGCAUGGGGGGUAGGGGAGAGCAAGGAUGAGGGGGUGAGUCGGAGUGCGGUGAAGAUUCCACCUCUCUCAUACCCUGCUGGUGCCUCCAUAUCCACCUCUGCCCCCACCUUGCCAUCAGCAUCAGCAUCAGCAGGGGCAUCAGCGUCAGCUGCAGCAGGCAGCGCAUUGCCAGCAUCAGGAGCGGCGGUUGCAGCAUCAACGGCAGCCAGGACAGCAGAGGAAGCGGGUGAAGGGGAUGCGGCAGCAGGCGGGCAGAGUGUGGAGCAUCCAUACGUGUACCGCCUGUCGUUCAUCGCUGACUGCUCUGUACCGUGCAAUGUGACUGUGCAUGUCAUGGCGUAUGAGAAGGACAGACACAGAAAAGACAAGCCACCCAGGCUCAAGUCGAAGGUGACGCAGCGCGAGGCGAGUGCGGCGGGCGUGAUGGCGGGGCUGGAGCAGACGUUCUCGCUGCCGCCCUCCUGCCUGCUCGACUUCCACGCCUUCCAGGAUGCGCAGCUGACAUCAACCAAGACGUCACCAUCGCACACAUACCCGGUUGUUAUCCGCAUUCAAACGUCAUUGCCUGCAGGCCGGCCACAUGACUCAGCAGCACGAGCGCAGCAGCAGACCCACACCACCUAUGCCACUCUCGUCAAACAGGCGGACAGCACAUACGGCAUCCAGGUGUUGAAGCAGGUGCUGUGGGUGGGCGGGUGCUCGUACGUGCUGCAUGAGAUCUUCGGCAUCGACGGCCCUGCCUCCUCGCCCGCCCCCCUGCAUGCUGCACCUGGGGAGGCGGCAGACCCCUAUGGAGGGGGGGCUAAUGUGGAGUGUGUGGUGUGUCUGGAGGACCCCCGGGACACGCUAGUGCUGCCGUGCCGCCACCUCUGCCUCUGCCUGCACUGCGCCAAGGCUCUCCGCUUCCAAUCCAACAAGUGCCCCAUAUGUCGCAGCAUAGUGCAGUCACUGCUCCAGAUUAAGCUCUCAGCCCCACGCGAAGCCACACUGGGGGGGACUGCUGCUGCCAGUGGUAGCGAUGCUGCUGCUGCUGCUGCUGCCGCUGAGUCUGGUGGUGAUGGUAGCAGUGCUGCUGCUGCUGCUGCUGCUGCUGUUAGUCAUGCUGUGGCUGUUGCUCCUGCUGACACUCCUACUGCCAGCCCUCUUAACGAUGACCCGGAAGCAGGAGUCGGGGAGAGAGAGGAGGAGCGGGAGGGGAAGGGGGCGGAGCAAGGGCAAGGGAUGGAAGGGAGGAAAGUGCGCGGGGAGAGGGAGUUGCAAGAUGGUGGGGAAGAACAGGGGCAAGGGGUGGGGGGGAGGGAGGAGUUGAGGGAGGCAGUGAGCAGCUGUGCGGGUGACGCGGAGGAAAACUUUCUGUGUGGUGAAGGAAGCGGUGUGGCAGCACGUGCAGCGGAAAGGACCAUGGCUGAGGGAGGAGAGGGGAAGGGGAGUAGCGGAGAGGGAGGAAGGGAAGCAGGUGCUGGGUACAAUGCAGUAGGUGCAGAGCCGAUACUUUCCAGUAGUGACAGGGGGGAAGGCAUUGAGGAAGGGGUACAUGGAGAGGAGACGAGAGGAGGGGAAGGAGAGGAGAAGCAAGGAAGGGAGGAAGAGAUGGUGGGAGUGGAAAGAUGUGCUGGCAAUGGGGAGACGCAUGCUGGGGACGGGGAACCAAGAGAAAGGGAGGGAGUGGACAAACAGGCCCCGGUUGUUAGUGAACUAGCUUGAUUCUCCUCUAUGGACACUCACUGGUGGUGUCCCUGCGCUCCUGGUCGGAUAGCAUGUUGUGUUUAUUAUUGAGCAAGGCCACAUGCAUGGAAUGCAUAG